UUUUGCUUUUGGAGUGAGAAGUGGCAUAGAUAUGAGGUUCUGAGAACCUGCGUGAGUUUUUCUACAAGGCAGGACGCGCCCCUGUCUUCUCUUCGAAUUCGUAAGUCCGGGCCACGGUCCCGAAUCAAGCCACGCGAGUGAAUGUUUGGUGGACUUGUAGACAAGUAGGCAACAAACAAAAAAAUACCUUACAUCAACGUCCUGCGUGACAGACGGCAGGCGCGCUGCGAGCGUGACACGUGUGCGUCGAUGGAUAGGUGAAUUUCAAGCGCGUGAAAAGUAGACCAAGUGUGUGAGAAAAUGCGAAUUUCAAGUGCUAUGGUUCACCUUCACCCGCAUCCACAACAACACGACUAUCUCCCGACUACAUUUGGUUUCGAAGAAACAAAUAACUCGACAACAUCGAAACUUUCAACGUGGUCUUUCGAGGUGACCAUCAACUUGCCCACGCGCACAUCAAGAAAGUCGCCAAGGAAAGAUGAGCUUCUUCGGUAAUCGUGAUGUUUGUAAACUACUCUAGGGACAAGGAGUAGCAGCAGUCAGUUCCAUCACAAGCAACAUGACCACAAUGAAUUCGUAAAACCAGAGAGGGUUGAAGCUGAUGUAUUCCACCUUGGAUGACCACAGCUUCAAAUGACUACAAGAACAGGCACUUACUUAUUUUCUUUGCGGAUCUUCCACUUCUUGGUCUUGCUCCUGUUUAGCUACACUACACGACGCACUUGCUUCUACUACUAGACCGUGACCGAUGGACUUGCCGUAGAAGUUGCAUCUUGUUCCGUAUCCCACCGCGACCAUGGUUGGCAGAUACAACUUCGGUUCUUCUAGUGGCCUACUCCGACUGCUAAAUUGGAUGCUUCUACUGUUAUGGAAAAGAGAAACAUAGAAUAUAUGGUCAUAGGAAGCUUCUCAACAUCUGCUUGAUCAAGAUCUUCGUGAAAGUUAAUGCUUUACACUCUUUGGAUAAACAUAUUGCCUGUUCAUUCCAUUGGUGACGUCAAUGCCAAAUGAUCACAUCCUAUGCAUCCUCCUCGAAGAAUUCUCUGCAACUCCCUUGAGGACCACUCGAUACUAUUGGUCCAUGGCAAGUCGCAACCAUCGGACGAGCGCGAUUCAAGAGAGGAUGAGAAUUAAGGCCCAAUAGUCAAUUAGAUAUAUACGAUUCUGAUUCAUUUCUUGUUCUACAGGUACAAGGAAGUCAUUUCUCAUUCUCUCUGUUUCCUUAUCCUUUCUAAGGACUCAUUGGGAGAAAUGCAGGGGCAAAAAGUGAAUCAAUUGAAACCAUUAACAUUUUGAUUAUGUCUUAGGCUCUAACAAGAGACGCCAACAACAACAGGAGGAACCUCCCACAAUUCGCAUGCGAAGGCUCAUUUUCGAAGGUCGCUGCGAGGGAAGGGAUACCGCAAUAAAAAGGCUCCUUCUGCCUCCACGUUCGUGGAAAAAACCGACAGACGAAAGGACGCCUCACAACUCAAAGACUUAUGCACUACAAGUACAACAACUGGUUAUUCUUUAAAUACCCAGACCAAAACUUCUCUACUAGUACUACCAUCUUGUUUGAUAAUUGUUCUGAUGCUCCUUGUCCUCUACUUGUCAUACGCUGUACUAUUCUCCUUGUCUCUCGAAGUUCAUUGUUGCGAAUAAUACUAAAACUAAUAGUUGUUCCUUAAUUGGUAAGCUUAAGUUGUACUUCUAAACCUAAGUCUAACUACGUCGACGUCUGCGUCACCGACAUCGAGAAAGUCCGGUCACCUCUUCCGAGGAAGUUAUCGGCUAGAAUCUGAAGAGAAUGCAGGCAAGAGUAGUUCGCUCGAUCCCGAUCAUGGUUAUGCCUCAACUAUCCUCUCCUGCUCCUAUCCUAUCCUAUCCUAUGGUCGAUCGUAUGAUGAUCACACUAUCCUAUCCUAUGAUCAUGAUGAUGACGAUGUUGACUAUAAUUGAUGUCAGCAUUACUUUUGUUCUAGUUGUUCGUGGUUUCGUUUAUAACGUGAGGCUGUCUCUGUAAGUGUAAAAAGGAAUAGGACUUACAAGUACUCGUGUGCGUGUCAGCAGCACUCGCAAAGUAUGAGUAUCAUCUAUGUAAAAGUAUAUUAAGAAGUGACUCUUAAUAAAGUAAGUGGUUAUUUUUUCUCGUGCUCGAUUCACAGGGUGUAGUGAUUGCUCGUUCGGGGUUCUUCAGAUAGAUAAGAAGAACCAAUGAUGCGGGUACUUAAAUGAAAUUAUAGCGAGAAUUAUCGACCCAGGUACUAAAAGAUAUAACGAAAGUCUGCUGUCGCCCACUGAGUGAGUGAAUGACUCCUAAUAUAGUCUGUCACUGUCUAGAAAGUACUUCUAAAGAUUCGUCGCAGUCGAAGGUGCUAGUGAGCGGGGUGACCACGCACAGGUACAGCAGGUGCAUCACGAGGAACAUGAAGAAGACCAUGAUGCACAAAACAACGAAGGAAAAAAUGCAUUUUUAGAAACAUCUGCACAAGAGGAGACGCUGAACGUCGAGAAGGAAUAUGACGAAAGUGAAUAUCAAACUUUAUACCCGCUAUCUGUACCCUAACCCUAAAAUACCUCCAAAGCGAUAAAAUCUCUCUAGGAUCAAUCUGGAUUAUUUAGAGGAAAAGAAGAAUCAGAGAAACGGGCGUGCAUUCACCGGAGGUACAGGCUUACUCAGUGGAAGGUGAGUCCAUCCCUAUCCUAUCUUAUCAUCUUAGACGUUUUUUAGGAGCAAACUUUUUAUCCUACUCUUCUAAUCCCAAGGUGGCGCUGCUAGUCCACCUGCUAGUCCACAACCGGAACCGGCUAGUACACCUGCACAAGCUAGUCCACAGCCGACACAACCUUCUUCCGCUACUAGUACAACAGAAGAAGACGACACGCAGCUCUGUGUCAUCCUUUCUGCAAUUUAAGGGCGGUUGUUUCUCACAUAGUUCCAAGUCUGGAUGUGGUAGUAGUUGUUCUCCCACCUCUGUCACUUUUUUACCCUCUCUCGCAUUCGUUUCUUGUUUUUCUCGUUAGGGAUGGAGUAGAAGUUACAUUGAUCUGAUGAUUCUGUUUCUUUGGGUUUGGAUGUUGACUCCAACUCCUCUUCUAUUAUCCUGUAUCAUCUACUCUAAUCAGCACUGGUUGGCGCACUACUCGGCAUAGCUGUUCUUUUGUUCAUGUAUUACCGAGAUCGGCUAAUGGAAUGCUUGUUCAAAGGGACAGAUAAAAUACGAACAGACUUAAGGCGAAGUGCCCAUCCUAGUAUCAGCUCCUAUGACCCUAUCCCAACAUCCUAUCCUCAUAUCCACCGGAAGGAUGUCCACUACAAGAGGGAGAUGAAAAUGAAAGAAAUACGGUCUCACUACAAGGAUGAAAAUGAAAGACUAGUAACUAGGGACGCGUAGCUCUGACAGAGGAAGUGGAAGAGGAACACACAACCUAAGGAAGAGGAACUGUAGAAGAAUGUCUAACAUACAACCUACAAGUCUAACAGAGGAACUGUAGAAGAAUGUCUAACAUACCUAACAGAGGAACUGUAGAAGAAUGUCCAUGAGAAGAUACAGUCUGACUGCAUAAGCAUGUACAUUAGACUUUUUAACAGGCAGUUUGUGUAUAAAUUUUCUAACAGGCAGUUUGUGUAUAAAUUUUCCCCAUUUUAAUGAGGUGUGCUGCAAAUCUUGAUUGGCUUCUUCCCUUUUUAUAGGGUCGAGGUUUAGGUCCAGCGGCGCUCAAAGCACUAAAUAAAACAACCGGCUCGCUUUUACCUCUAGCGUGUAGCCGUUCCAACAACAUAUAGUAAACACCAGUCUGCCUAGUUCUAGUACACUAUAGAUACAUGAGAACUGCAGUAGACUAGGGUCUACAAGGAUGAAAAUUACAUGCAGCGCCUUGAUGUUCCUCUUUCGUAGACGUAGCUCUAAUAGAGGAGCUGGAAGAAGAAAACACAGCUGGUGACAUUGCGGAACAUUAUGGCAAAGGUUCUUUUACUUUUUAGUGUCUUGUUCAUAAUUUUUAGAGUUCUUUUACUAAUAACAAGCGAAACCGAAAGCAACAAAAGCAUCCAUAAUAAUGAUUGUCUGCUCCUAAUCUUAAAGCUUGAUGAAUCUAAGUAGUUACUUUACGUAAGUAUUCACUGAAGAGGCAGGCUGACCCUGCCGAAGGUGAGUCAAUGCCUAUCCAAUCCUAAGUGACCUUGAAAGAACUCAGACUUCUUCAUCUAAGAAGACACGGAUCGCCAGCAGGUGCCUUCGAGUUCUAAGAAGCUCAAAUCCGGAAGCGCAGCCGCAGAAGAUGAGCUGGAUGCCGCAGCCGAAAGACUGAUUGUUAUGAAGAACUCAUCCUUCCUCAUUAGGAUUAUGUACUUCUAUGUAUAAUAGAUACGAGGACACCUCUUUGACUUGUUUGUCGAGUAGAUGAAGGCUCAGAACCACCUCCUUAGGUAGAGGCACUUUUUAGUACUUGUUGUUACUUUGGUGCUUACGGAAUAGAAAGAUCAGAGGAAACCCUCUAAGAAAGCAAAAGCGGUUGGCGAGCAUAAACAUAGCAGUACUGAUCAACUUACGACCACGAAGGAUCUGGCUACGGACACCGUGGAUCUCGACCUAUAG